AUAUUCAACAUGGAUCAACUAGCUAGCGCAAAUACUCAUUUUGCCCUUGAUCUCUUCCAAAAGUUGAGUGGAGCCAAUCCAACAGACAAUAUCUUCUUUUCCCCAUUGAGCAUAACCUCUGCUCUCGCCAUGGUUUACUUAGGGGCCAGAGGUAAUACAGCAACACAACUCUCAAAGACAUUUCACUUUGAUGGUGUUGAAGAUCUUCAUUCAAGAUUCCAAGCACUUGCUACUACAAUAAACCGGAGUGAUGCACCUUAUAUACUGAAGCUUGCUAAUAGGUUGUAUGGAGAGAAAAACUACUCCUUUUUGCAAGAUUUCUUGACUAGCACUCAAAAACUAUAUGGUGCAGAGUUAGCCACAGUAGACUUCCAAAAUGCUACAGAAAGCAUACGGCAGCAAAUUAACCAGUGGGUUGAAGGACAGACUGAAGGUAAAAUCCCUGAGUUGUUAUCUGAAGGCUCUAUUAAUCAAUGACCAUGUUCUGGUGAAUGCAUCUACUUUAAAGGUAGCUGGGAUGAGAAGUUUCAAGAAGAAGACACUAAAGACAUGCCUUUUGCCCUCUCCUCCAAAAGAAAGAAGAAUGUGAAGAUGAUGUUCAUGAAAAAAAAGACUUCCUAUGGUUAUAUUAAUGAAUGCAAAUGCCGAGUGCUGGAACUACCUUACAGGGAAAAAAAAUUAGCAUGAUCAUCCUGCUGGCCUGAUGACAUUGAAGAUUCCACUGGCCUGGAGCAGCUGGAGAAGCAGCUCACUUUAGCAAAGCUCCAGGAGUGGACAAAGCCAGAACGGAUGUCUUCCUACAAUGAGGUUUAUGUGCAUCUGCCUAAAUUUAAGCUGGAAGAGAGCUAUGAUCUUAAGUCGUAUUUGGUAGCACUGGGACUGCAAGACAUCUUUGACAGUGGCAAGGCAAAUUUGUCUGGGAUGUCAAGAGCCCAGGACCUCCAUGUGUCCAAAAUAGUCCACAAGUCAUUUGUGGAAGUGAAUGAAGAGGGCACAGAAGCAGCAGCAGCAACAGCCAUAAUGGUGAUGUUAUGCAGCAUGCCCAUGGAAGAAAAUUUCAAUGCUGACCAUCCCUUCCUUUUCUUUAUCCGUCAUAACCCAACAAAUAGUAUACUAUUCUUUGGGAGAUUUGCUUCUCCAUGAAAAGUAAAAUGAAUCAGAAAACCACAGCCUAGUUCUCAGAGCUGCUCCCGUCAAAAUCAAUGUCAUUUCGCUCCUGUUUUGAGAAAUGAAUGGUUCCCAGGGCAAAAAGUUUUUCACAAGCUAGCAUCAAAAAGCCCUGCUUUGUUAUCAUGAUUGUACAUCUUUGACAAUUUUUGGAACACUGUCUUCCUUGUAAAAUUAGUUGGAUGCUUACUGCUUUAAUAAAAGUUGCUUCUUGAAGCAAUGUUUCUGCAAAA